GAGCACCAUCUUCUUAUUCCCCGGAGCUUUCGUCCGCCACAGAACCAGAGCAAACCUGUAAGAAAGAGACUAUUUGUUCCCUCGAAAUUGCGCAUGAAAUACCCUUUUACACACCCAGUAUCGGCAUAAAGUUUGGGUUGGUUCAAAAAAUGGAGCCUGUGUCGAAUGGGGAAGAACCCACUUCAUUGGAUGACCUUUGCAAUAUCGAUUUGGUGCCAUCGGAGUUGUUCCUCAAGUUUCGAAAAGAAAUCGAGGGGGUUCGAAUUGGUCUCAAUUUAGAGUUCUACAAUGCCCCCACCAAUGAUUUCCAAACAAAGCUUGUGUUGAAGCCUUUAUCCCCUGAUAGAAGGUGGAAAUUUGUAUAUGAGCCUAUUCGUUCUGAGGUUCGAGUUCUUUCGAAAAAGAUCCCUGUUACCAAAUUUCUCAAUCUCCAGGUUGGUUUAGGCCAUAAUUUUAAAUUGAAUGCAAUUUGUUGGAAAUGGAAGCUUACCACCUGUUUGGGUGGGGAUGGGAUAUCCCGAAUUCAGAACAAGACAUCACUUGGUUUGUUUCCUGGCAUGGAUUUGCGUUUUGCUUGGAGAGCUGAUUAUAUUCUUCCAGAAGUUAGCGGGGCUCUAGGUACCAAGGAAUCAUUAUUCAACAUGAAUUCAGGACGGUUGCAAGCAUCACUAGAUAGAGUUGAGGCCAUUCUGACCUAUCCAUCUGAUUUGUGGUCAAAAGACUCUUCAUGGUAUGUCAAUCUUCACAUUUUCUUUAUGACCAUAUUACAAACUGGCUUUUGACAUACCAUAAUGACUUGUGGGAUAGGAAAUCUUCACUAACAUAAAACCUUUUUCUUCAA